UCCCGACAGGAGCACCGACAUGCAACCGCUGCACUGACGCUCUGCCACGGCCUCCGCUCCGGGCUACCGCCGCUAUACACCGGAAAAUAACUCCGUUAUCUGGGGGGAUUUCUCUCCUGAAUUACCUGUGGAGAGGAAAUGGCAGACCUGGAGCAGGACGAGCAGCAGGAGCAGACGGAGCAGAGCCCCGCGCUGGACUCACCGCUGCCCGGCCCGACUCAGACCGGGAGAGCAGUGUCUAUAGCCCGGCUGCUGCACCAUGAGUGCGGGCUUUUGCUGCAGCUCUACAAGGAGAAGGAGUCCUUCCUGUCGAGCUACUCCCCUGACGGAGGACGCAUGGUGUCUCCGUCCCCAGUCCCGCAGGAGGAGGCGAGCGGAGAGCAGCAGGUGGAGCGGCUGCACGCCGCUCUGCGACAGUGCCUGGGCCUCCUUCACAGUGUCCUCCUGAAGGAAGAGGAGGAGUGGGGGGAGCAAGAGGAAGACUAUGAGACCCUGAAGAAGAAUGUGCGCCACCGUCUGGAGCACCUGCUGCUCAGCACAAGAGGACUGCUGGAGGGCCCAGACACCACCCUGGAGGUCACCCCGGACCACCAGGGCACCGAGGAGCCUGACGGAGCGGGGGGGCUGUUUGGUCUGAAGGUGUGGACGUACCGGGUCCUGCUGGAGCUGCAUCACUGGGCGGACCACGCUGCAGAGACUCUGCACGUCUUCCACACGGAGAGGGGGGGUGCAGCAGACCUCUGAGCCGCAGCUACAUGAAGGACCAACAGCUGUAACUCCUGUCACCUGUAACCCUUACACACAGAGAGGGGGGGGGGGCGUAGACCUCUGAGCUGCUGCAACAACAACAAGGACUAACUCCUGUAACCUCCUCUAACCCUGCUCCUCCACUUCCAGUAACCCUGCUCCUCCAGCUUUAACUCCACCUCCACUAACCCUGCUCCUCCAGGUUUAACUCCACCUCCUCUAACCCUGCUCCUCCAGCUUUAACUCCACCUCCACUAACCCUGCUCCUCCAGCUUUAACUCCACCUCCACUAUCCCUGUUCCUCCAGCUUUAACUCCACCUCCUCUAACCCUGCUGCUCCAGCUUUAACUCCACCUCCACUAACCCUGCUCCUCCCUGACCAGCUUUAACUCCUGCUCCUCUCACAGAUCUCCUCCCCGCUGCUUCACCAGCCAGUAUUAACGAGCUGCAGCCUCUCUGUGUAAAGCUUUAUGAAGUUAGACUGAGGUGUUUAUUUUGUACAUGUUGUAUUUAUCUUAUUUAAGUAGACUGAUAAUCUGACGUUGGAUCUACUAACCUCUGAAUGUAGCCAAACACUGAUACUGUGACCCGGCAGCCAUGUGAUGUUUAUUAACAUUAUUAACUCUAUCUGUUGUUUUCAUACGUUUAUUACCUUUUAUUAGCUUUAUUAACACGUGUAAUCGGAUGAUUCCUCACGUGUCUGUUAUACUUGAAUAUGCUGCUACACUGUUUGAACUGUAGGACCCUCUUUCUCUGAAGACAUAUGUAUAUUAGAAGUUCACUGUAGUACAAUAGGUGGUGUUCACUGCAUGACACAGCAGUGAUGAUGAUGAUGCUGUUUCCUGGAUGUGCAGUGAACAUUAAACAGUCUGAGCCACC